UAUUAGCCCCCUGGCGGCUGGUAAAUACCAGGGGUGUAGCGCCGACUCCCACACCCUUGCUGCGACCACCCUCCGUGUUGUGGGAUAGUCGCUUGUCUUGUUCUCUCACCCCGGUCCUCCACGAUCUGCCUGGAUCGUCCGCACUUCCUGCAUUUCUGCAGUCAUAUUAGUUGGCAUUCUUUCUAAUAUUGGCCCCGUUCUUCCAUCGCUGGGCCCAUGAGCGCCUUCGAGGUGUGAACGGGGACAAGAUGAGCCAGAUUCUGACCUCACGACAAGCCGAGGAGCUACACAAAGCCAUCGUCGCGUACCUAUCGUCGAAUAACCUGCCAAAUACCGCUUCCACGCUGCGAGAUGAGCUCGGUUUAGGGGACGCUUUCGAUGCUGCGACCUGCAAGAAGUAUGAAGGCCUCCUAGAAAAAAAAUGGACCAGCGUGGUCCGGCUCCAAAAGAAGAUCAUGGACUUGGAGUCAAAAAAUAACGCCUUGCAGUCGGAGAUAGACAAUGCGACACCGACUUCCCUCUCGAAACGAAACCAGGACCCUUCCAGCUGGCUCCCUCGGUCCCCUGCACGCCAUACCUUGCAGUCACACAGAGAGCCAAUUACCUGUGUCGCAUUUCAUCCCGUAUUCUCCUCCUUAGCCUCGGGUUCGGAGGACAACACCAUAAAGAUUUGGGAUUGGGAAUUAGGAGAGCUCGAGCGGACAAUUAAGGGCCAUACAAAGGCGGUAUUAGAUGUCGACUUUGGUGGUCCCAGGGGAGGCACUCUUCUAGCAUCAUGCUCCAGCGACUUGACCAUCAAGCUCUGGGACCCUUCCGACGAAUAUAAAAACAUUAGGACCUUGCCCGGACACGACCAUAGUGUUAGCGCCGUCCGGUUCAUCCCGUCAGGUGCUGCGGGCGCGCCCAGCUCCAGCAACCUCCUGGUAUCCGCAUCUAGGGACAAGACUCUACGUAUAUGGGAUGUAUCGACGGGUUACUGUGUUAAGACGAUACGCGGCCACGCAGAUUGGGUUAGGGACGUAUGUCCGUCCCCAGAUGGCCAUUAUAUCUUAUCUGCCGGAAACGACCAGACGGCACGCCUCUGGGAUAUAUCCCUCGCGAACCCGGAAAGCAAGUUGACCCUGAUCGGCCACGAGCACACGAUCGAAUGCUGUACUCUGGCGCCUCCGUCAACUUACCAGUAUCUAGCGCCGCUUGCUGGGCUAAAGAAACCCCCACCGGCCUCGAGCACCGCAGAGUUUAUGGCUACCGGGUCCCGAGAUAAGUCGAUUCGUAUUUGGGAUUCGAGAGGUAACUGCAUCAAGACCCUUUCCGGGCACGACAACUGGGUGAGGGCGCUCGUUUUCCACCCGGGCGGGAAGUAUUUGCUUAGUGUCGCGGAUGAUAAAACCUUGCGAUGUUGGGAUCUAAGCCAGGAGGGGAAAUGUGUGAAGAUACUCGCAGAUGCGCACGGUCACUUUGUGUCCUGUCUGCGGUGGGCACCGGGGAUUGUCCGUGAGCCGGUGGUCAACGGCGGAACCCAGGGAUCCAACGGCGCCUCUGUAAAUGGCGCCGCGAAGGCCGCCCCCGACGUGCAGAUCCGGUGUGUCAUCGCAACGGGAAGCGUGGAUUUGAACGUGAGGGUCUUUGCCAAUUGAUCCCCUCACCGCCGACCCUGGUGAAAUUCGGAAAGAUAUGACGGCCGCGUCAAUUAGCGUCUUGGGCUCGUGCCGACUGGCGACGCACUGAUGCGGGCAGACGAUAAGAGCAGAGCCACGGAUACGGGUUCCCGUCCCCGAGCGCCGUCGCCAUGGAAUAGUCGCGGGCACGACGUGGGUGGCCGAGGCUGCUACGUGGUCCGGACGCCGGAGAAGGCACGGUGACGCCAAGUUUUGGGCGUGGCUGUAGAACGAGGUGACGACACGAUGAC